AUGCAUUCUACAAGUUCAAGCUGUAAAUCAGUCUUUUAUUUGGUAUUAAUUUGCAUCCUGUCCUGGGAAUGGGUCCGUUCAGCGCCAGCCCCUUCCAUUAUUGUAUCCUCUGGCGAGGACGUAGGAACGUCCACCUCCAAUAACCGUCCAACUAUGCACACUUCUGUAGAACUGGCGAAAUUCAUUGCACAGCAAGCUAACAUGCUAAACAAAGAGCUUUGCAAGACCCCCAACCUCUGCGAAAACAGUCUUGAAACACUGAUAGAAAAUCCUUUGAAGCUCCCUACCAUGGUCUCUGAAGAUGGGUGUUUCCAGAAAGGAUUCAAUAAAGAGAAAUGUCUGCGUAAGAUCCAUCAUGAUCUAAAGAAAUUCCAGCCGUACUUACUGUAUGUGGACAAACAUUUCACAAGCAACCAGGGCAAUGUGGAGUUAAUUCGAUUCAAAACAAUGGUUCUGGCCAACAAUCUUAAAACGGUGAGUCAAUCUGUGGAAGAGACCACUACUGUGAGUAACACACAACAAUCCACCCUGACUGAUGGAAAGUCUGAAAAUCUGUGGACGCAGAAGGUGACAAGUCACUUAAUUCUGCAAGCUUUCACUGAUUACAUGGAGAACACAUCAAGAGCUGUACGACACAGCAUCAAAAAGGGGAAGCGUGUUUGA